AUGAAGCAAAAGAUAAUUAUUAAGGUGUCAAUGCAUUGCAGCAAAUGCAGGACCAAGGCCAUGAAGAUAGCUUCUGUGGCAGAUGGAGUGACAUCUGUGGCUUUACAUGGACCCGAAAAGGAUAAACUGAUGAUAGAGGGAGAUGGGGUUGAUGCAGCAUGUUUGACCAGCUCCUUGAGGAAGAAGCUUUGUCAUGCAAGCUUAGAAAUAGUAGAAGAAGUGAAGGAGAAAAAUGAAGAACCACCCAAAUCACCCACUCCAAUCAUACACUGUCCACAACCCCAGCCCCAGUUUGAAUAUUUUACAGUGGUUUCUGAGCCCCCUCCAGGUCCUUGUACUAUUAUGUGA